AUGUUGGUCGCGAUAGAUCGAUCAGUUAAUGAAGCGAGGCCAGUUAAACGCGAUUUUCCUCGGCUGACUGUCGCAUUGCGACGUUUUGGAAGUUUGACUCAGCCUAGUUGUGAUGAAUCUGAUGCGUGUUGUAGCAUCGAAAGCAAAAGGGCUUAUAUGGCCGGUGCAUCAUAUGAAGACUAUUCUUCAUUGAAAGCUGAGAGUUUAUGGGGUCGACUUUCUGCUCUGCUGCCGACUACAGUGAACUUGGAGCGAAAAAGAACGCUUGAAAAGCUUGUGCAACAAUAUGCAGACAGUUGUUUGGAUCUCGUGGGUCGGGAUUCCAGUGAUGUACGAGAAUUCGCAAGUCAUGCUACCCUGUUGUGCUUUGGUCAGUUAGGACCAAAGGUGAUUGAUUUACUUUCCCGUGGUGUCUCUAUUUCCGAUUUGAGCAGACAUUAUGCAGUUCAAAAGGAAAAAGAGGCAAUCGUGUCAAAAGUUGGAGGGACCGGGGCUCGGAAUCCUAAUGAAGUAUGGACCAGAGUUUUUUCCAACUUGGGUAGUUUGCUGUCACAUCCGUUGAUGCAACCAUUGGUCCAGGAACUUUCGGAUGUUAUGCGUCAGUGUCGCGUUGCUGUGGAGUCGGAAGAAAAUUCAUGUCGUGACGUUUUGGGGUCUUCACACCUGGUCAAACACUCCAGAGAGCUUGGUCAUCGGAGGCGUGCGGCUCUGAAGUCAUUGGACUGGGAUUCGGUGAAAGUGGCUCAAGACGAGUUACAGCUCAUGGCUGACAAACUCGGCCAGGUUUUGUUUGGAUGUUCGGAAAUGGCCAAUGAUAAAACUGGCACAGAUGCAAUUUCCGCUUCAUCCGGUAACGAUUUCAAGGAUACAGACGCUCUAAGACAAGCAUUCGCUGCGCCUCUCCGUCCCGUUUUGAACAACGCGCCCUCCGCUUCAGGCCAGCCAUGUGUGGAUUGGACUCGUCUAACGAACACACUUUCCUCGAAAGCAGCGGGUCUCGGCAUGCCGGUGGAAGAAGUAGUCGAUAUGGUGUUCUCCCUCCUAGAUUCCAAUCAGUCCGACGAAGUUGUACAGAAUGAGCUGUGUGAAUUAAUCGGUUGGGAUUAUGUGGAACUUGUGUUCGAUUUAUUAACUCGUCGGAAAGAAUGGAUAGCUGCUUAUGGGGCCGACCCUUCUGAUGAAACAGCCAACUCCAUUGCACCACAACCAACAGAACCUCAAAAACCCGUCCCCCUGAAGACACAGAUUGUCGAUAGCCCACACCUGUUAGCCCAAGCACGUGCCGCACAACUGGAGGCAAAUGCACGCGAGACGGCUAAGCGAUUGCAACAUGCGAUGCAAUCCGGUCCGUCAGUUUCCACACGGGUGGCAGAAUUUAUGGCCGGAUUGCCGUACGUGUUCGAUGCGGCCGCACAAGUGCGAGCUUCGCUCGGUCAGUCAGAUAUUGUCUACCUCGCUCCAAUGAAAGCCCUUGCCGCUGAACUGGCAGAGACAUUUACAAAACGUCUUUCACCGUUGGGUCUGAGGGUUCGUGAAUGUACCGGGGAUAUGCAACUAACAAAACAGGAGAUUCUGGAAACACAAAUGCUGGUUAGCACACCGGAAAAGUGGGAUGUCAUCUCUCGAAAAGGUUCGGGGGACGCCACACUGGUUAAAUUGGUCAAACUAUUGAUCAUUGACGAAAUUCACUUGCUGCAUGAAGAUCGGGGUGCGGUUAUUGAAGUGCUUGUCGCUCGAACGCUUCGCCAGGUGGAAACAUCUCAGACCAUGAUUCGUCUGGUAGGUCUAUCGGCCACUCUACCAAACUAUGUGGACGUGGCCCGAUUUCUGCACGUCAAUCUGCAUCGUGGUCUGUUCUACUUUGAUGAUCGAUUUCGUCCUGUACCGUUGCACAUGUCUUUCGUUGGUGUUCGUGGAGCCAGUCGCAAGGCUCAGGAACAACACAUGAACGAAGCUUGCUACGAGAAGGUGCUUGAUCAGGUGAAGAACGGAGAGCAGGUCAUGGUGUUUGUACAUGCCCGAGGAGACACGGUGCGCACAGCUCGAUGGAUUCGUGAUAACGCACGGCAGUUGGGUCACAUGAGUCAUUUCCGGUUGAGUGAAAAUGAAGAAACGUUCAAAAUUUUGAAAAAAGUAUGA